AUGGGGCUGCCUCGGAGGGCGGGGGACCCGGCGGAGCUGCGCAAGAGCCUGAAGCCGCUGCUGGAGAAGCGCCGCCGCGCGCGCAUCAACGCGAGCCUGAGGCAACUCAAGGGGCUCAUCCUGCCGCUGCUGGGCAGGGAGAGCUCCCACUGCUCGAAGCUGGAGAAGGCGGACAUCCUGGAGAUGACCGUGCGCUUCCUGCAGGAGCUGCCCGCGUCCUCCGGCCCCGCGGCAGCGCCCGCGCCCUCCGACAGCUACGGUGAGGGCUACCGCGCCUGCCUGGCGCGUCUGGCCCGUGUGCUGCCCGCCUGCCGCGUCCUGGAGCCCGCCGUGAGCGCUCGCCUGCUGGAGCACCUGCGGCGGAGGGCGGCCGGCACCACCCCCGACUGGGGGCGCGCUGGGGACUCCUGCGGCCCUCCCGCGCCUUCCCCGCCGGCCGCGCCUGCGCCCGCGCCCCCUGAACCUCCCCGCGGCCUCUGGAGGCCCUGGUAG